AUGGCCACAUACUUGGCUUCUGUGAAGGGGAUUGUAGCAUUAGUUACCGGUGCUGCAUCCGGCCUUGGAGCUGGCACAGCUCGACAUCUUCUCGAACACGGAGCCAAAGUAGUCAUUAUGGAUUUGCCGCAAUCGAAGGGUGAAACAAUGGCGAAGGAGAUGGGACAGAAUUGCUUAUUUACUGCUGCUGAUGUGCGCUCUUCAGAUGAUGUGUCAAGUGCAUUUCAUACUCUGAUUAAUAAAUUUGGACAUUUGGACGCUGUUGUGAAUUGUGCUGGUGUGUCAUAUCCAUUCAAGCUGUACAAUUUGCAAAAGAAGAAAGCUUGUGACAAAGAACUCAUUCGUAAAACAUUUGAUGUUAAUGUUUUCGGUACUUUCAAUGUUAUACAGCAGGCUCUUGAAACAUUUGCGCUUAAGAGCAGGGACAGUUUAGGUUUUCGUGGUGUCAUCAUCAAUACGGCAUCUAUAGCAGCUUACGAUGGACAAGUAGGACAGAGUGUUUAUGCAGCUUCCAAAGGAGCUAUCGUAAGUGCAACGCUUGCAUUUGCUCGUGAUUAUGCAGAGGAUGGAAUACGAUUCAUGACAAUUGCACCGGGUCUUUUUGAUACUUCGUUGAUGAGUGGACUUCCCGAAAAGGUACGAACUUUUCUAGCCGACAUGAUUCCUCUUCCGAAUAGAUUGGGUAGUCCAGAAGAAUUUGGUGCCUUGGUGCGUCAUAUUAUCGAAAAUCGGUAUUUGAAUGGGGAAGUAAUACGCCUUGACGGUGGUUUGCGGAUGCCUCCCUAA